AUGCCUCAGCCUUGUACGGAGGAGCAUCCGCCACAACAACCCCGCAACUUCCUCCCGGCCACCAUCGAUGACGGUGAUGCCAACAAUAAGAGUGAAAGACCUCAAACUCCGGAAGUCCCGAACGAAAGUCCUCACAAACCAGCCCAUAAUUCUGAAAAAUCGACGGUUGAUUCGGCUCCGGCGGCGCUGCGCCACGUGUCAUUCAACAAGGGCAAGGCCGGAUAUUUUGCCACGGGCACUGAUCGUGGAUUCCGAAUCUAUAACUGCUGCGAACUCUCCAGCGAGCUUGGCUACAGGGAAUAUGAAGUUCCUGGCGGAAUCGGAAACGUCGAGAUGCUUCUCGACCACUGUGUUAUUGCGCUGGUGGGGUCCCAGAAUAUGGACACACAGAAUCCUGACAACACUAAAGUGAUGAUGUGGAAUGAUCAACGGAGGAAGUUCUGCGGAGAGAUCAGCUUCAAGUCGAAGGUUCAUGCGCUGAGGCUGCGGAGGAAUCGGAUCUUUGUGGUUCUGGAGCACAAGAUUUAUGAGUACCGUCUGCGUAAUUUUUUGCGGCCGGUAAACCAAAUCGACACCCUUCCCAACCCUAAGGGGAUUUGCGAUGUGUCUCGGGGUGCGGAAUCCUUCGUACUCGUGUGUCCAGGCCAGCAGAAAGGUCAGGUUAGGGUUGAGCAUUACUCUCCGUCCAAGAAAACCAAGCUCAUUACGGCCCACGAUUCCGAUAUCGCAUGCUUGGCACUCUCCACGGAUAGCAAGUUUGUUGCUACCGCGAGCGCCAAAGGAACUCUGGUUCGCGUUUUCAACACGGACGAGGGUGAGCUCGUGCGCGAGUUCAGGCGGGGCGCAGACAGAGCCGAGAUUCAGAGUCUCGCGUUCUCCCCGUCUGCCGAAUGGUUGGCAGUGUCUAGUGACAAGGGCACUGUUCAUGUUUUCAGCCUUAAGAGCGGAAAUUUGGAUAGUUCUUUGGAAGCUAAGCUGGAAUCUGAGCUUCCAAGAACUUCAUCAUCGGGGUCAUGGUUGUUGGCUUCGGUGAAAAGUGUUUUGCCGAAGUAUUUUAGGUCGGAAUGGUCUGCGGCUCAGUUUCGUUUGCCGGAAGGAUCUCAACCCGUAGUCGCCUCCUUCGGGCAAGAAAAGCAUGAGCUGAUGAUAGUUGGAUUGGAUGGAAGCUUUUACAGAUGCAAGUUUGACCCUGCAAUCGGUGGAGAAAUGACGCAGAUAGAAUACCACAAGUUUUACUAG